UUAAUCAUUGUCUGUAUGUGACAAUACGAAUUUCAAUUUCGUAUGUUCAAAGAUCUAAAUUAAUCUAAACUACAAUGUCUUCUCAAUUAUCUGCACUUGAACUCCUUAAAUUAGGGGAUGAAGGAAGAGAAAAACCUUUUCUCAAUAAAAUUUGGCCCCAGCUUUUGGGAUUUGUGUUCGGAGUUGGAACCGCAUCUGCAAUUAACUUUGGAACGAGACGUCCUGUUUUAAGCGGUAUACACAAACAUGUUCUGGGAGUUGUGGCAUUUACUACAAUCUUAACCUAUGUGCAAAACAAACGUGAUGAUUACUAUGCAGAAAAGGAUGCAGUCCUCCGACACUAUGUAGAACUACACCCAGAGGAUUUUCCUACUCCACCUCGGCAGAAAAUUGGCGACAUCCUCGAGCCAUGGGUACCAAUUCGUUGAGUUCUAUUAUCUGUAAAAGUUAGAAUCUAGAAUAAAAAAAAUAUGUUAAUUUAUGAAUUUAAUAAAUAAUUACAAUAUAAA